GUGUCCCGGCCGGGCGCGCGGUGUGUGCGCAGCGCAGGGAAGCCCCGGGCCGCGCCGGCCUCCGCGAUGGCUGAUGGCUCGGUGACACCGGGGCUGCGAGCGGCGCUGGUCCCUGAGCCUUGGUGCGAAUGGCUGGCGUGGUGGUGGGGGGACUGGAGCCUGGGGUGGGGCCCGAGCGGGGUGCGAGAGCCCGCAGCUUCCUGGCACAGGGGUGGGGCCGGCGACGCGGGAGUGUGCGGCGCGGGUGAGUGUGCGGGGGCGUGCGCCCCGUGCGCGCGCGGCGAGCGAGCGAGCGAGCGGACGGACCGGCGGGCGGGCGGGCGUGCGCUCGCCGCCGACAUGCGGUGCGGGGACUCUGCGACCCGGAGCGACGCUCCCGCGGUGCCAAGGUGCGGAAGUCUGAGCGCGUCGGCGCGCGCCAGCUAGGCGGCUCGCCCUACCCGCAGCGCCAGGCGGCAGGCCCGGCGGAGGCCCAUUGAGAAGUAACGCUCGCCCGGCUUGCCGCGCCUCUGGCCCCAACGGUGUACAAGCCGCGGCUGCGGGCUACAGAUAGCGGCGGGAGACAGCCCCUGGCGACCUUAUCUCGGCCACCAGUGCGCGCUGCACCCCGCGGGCGAGGCCGAGGCCGGUGCGGCGGCUGGUGACGGACAGACGGACCGGCGGUGGCGGAGGAGCGCCUGUGGACUGGGGAAUCGCGGCCGGGCGCUGGCCAGAAACUAAGGCGGCAGAUGUCUCGGGCACCGCCACCCUCGCCCCACCUGUCGCUGGUGGACUUUGGGGCGGGUGGGAAGCCUAGGAAAGGGCGCCUGGCAGCGGCCGGCGCUCAGACCUUGAGAAGCGGCCCAUUGUGAAGCUGCCAAAGUCGCUCUAGUGGUGGAAUCUGCAAAUCUCGGCCAGGAAGGAACCCAGUUCGCGAAGGGAAGGACAGCCGCGUGCUUUCCCCCUGUAUCUGGACUAGAACAGAAAACUUAUUAUGCCUGUGCUCCCUUGGGACACUUUGGAACUUGCACAGUGACAUCAUCUGGGAUUUAGUCUGGCGUGUGCAGCCUGGUGCCUAAGAUGGAAGUAGAUAUAAAUGGGGAUUCCAGAAGUACCCUGACCACCCUGCCCUUGCCUGUGGCUGAGGGAAGCUCUCCAGGAAAAGCAGAGGCAGAGAAACCCCGCUGCUCUAGCACACCCUGCUCGCCCAUGCGCCGGACUGUGUCUGGUUAUCAGAUCCUCCACAUGGACUCUAACUACUUGGUUGGCUUCACCACUGGUGAGGAACUCCUGAAGUUAGCCCAGAAGUGCACAGGAGGGGAAGACAGCAAGGGAGAAGCCAUGCCCGCCUUGCGCGCUAAACAGCUGGACACGGGACUCGCGCGUUCCUCUCGUCUGUAUAAAACUAGAAGUAGGUACUAUCAGCCAUAUGAGAUCCCAGCGGUUAAUGGCAGGAGGCGAAGGCGGAUGCCCAGCUCAGGAGACAAGUGCACCAAACCCUUACCUUAUGAACCUUAUAAGGCCCUCCAUGGGCCCUUGCCUCUAUGUCUUCUUAAAGGUAAGAGGGCUCACUCCAAAUCUCUGGACUACCUCAAUCUAGAUAAAAUGAACAUCAAGGAGCCAGCUGACACGGAAGUGCUACAGUACCAGCUUCAGCACCUGACCCUCCGAGGGGACCGAGUGUUUGCUAGAAACAAUACAUGAGUGGCGUGGGCAGAGUUUAAACCACUUUAGGUCAGCCUAUGCUCGGCUAGAGAAAAAUCUACUGUCGUACUCUGUACAUGACCCUUCACGUUAGAGAUGGUUAUAUCAGCUAAGUGUUCCUGGAACAUAAAAAUUGUUUGGAUCAAGUUUUGGAUACAGGAAUGAAAUCACAGGUACUUGGGGCGGGGCGGGGGGAUAUCAUUCUAGAGCACGCAAUUGCAAAGAAAACCGAAUGUUGACUGUUAGUUUGCAUAGCUUUUUAGCUAGGAAAAGGCUUUGGUGCAGUAAUUUCACCUUUAUGAGUCUGACACCCAAAUUGGGAAUGUUACCUGCUUGGUUGUUGCUAACUUGGUAUGAUUCAUUAGAAAUUUAUACCGAAGUACCCAGUGCUUCUUGGAUCUCUGUAUUUUACUAUAAAAUGUAUGUAAUGAUUUGUCUUAUGAAAUUUAAAGCUUGAACACGGCUGAACUGGACCACUUUUUAUUUUUAAAUAUUGAGUUUAAAUAUUUUAUAACUGGUUUUGCACUGAAAACAAUUAACAUUUCAGAUAAUUAAGAGAAUAAUCUUUCUUCACUUGCCUCAAUAAUGAUAUUGAGCAAUGGAUUUUUUUUUUUAAUUUCCGCAUGGAAAGUUACUGAUCUUUAUGGCUGUAAAAUAUUCCUUUCUAGCAUUAUUAAAGUGUGUCUUAAUAAAAUUAAAUUUGGGAUACAAAGUAUUUAUUUUACGAUGGGUAGCGGGUGGGGCGCUUUUCAGAAUGUUUCCAAUAUGAAGUUUUCGUCAGUUGGAAACAUUUCCUUAGUGCUUAUUAUCAAUUUAAAUUCCACAUGGAACUUGAAGACAGGGAGGAUUCUCAGCACUGGGUUGUCAGUAUAGUGCUGCUUGCAUCUUUACUUCUUGUAAGUGACUGCAGCUCUAGCAGAGGAGCUCCUGAUUUUGACUAUCAAAGGCUUAAACUGAGUAUGAAGUGAUACCGCUCAGCCCAGGGUUGGGUCUUUCCAGGCUCAGUUCUCUGCAGCGAGGCACUCAUCAAAACUUUAGUUCGGGAUUAGCGUAGGAGCCCAACAUACUCCUACAGUUUUAAUGGGCUAAUCCUGGAUUACCUAAGAGUUUACGUCCAUCACACUGGUUUGAUUUGUUGCUAAAGAAAUAAUUCCUUGCCUUUAGUAACAGAAGCAGCUCAACUAUUCUUGACCAUAAAUGUAUGUAACUUUCCUUUUGUAAACAUUUCUAUUUCUUUUACUCAGUCUUAAAGGUGCAAUUUAUUACUGAUUUGGCAUUUCUGGCUAUAUAGAACUACGUAGUUUAUGUUUUCUUUGGGGGCACUGUGAGUUUCUAAGGGGUUAGCAGUCUUGCUUUUAAAAAUAAGAACACUUUUUAAUUGGCGGAUGGGCCAUUCCUGGAACAAUCGUGAUUUUUCCCUCUGUCCAGAAUGAAUGGCAAGCUUUAUUAGAGCAGAAUAAGUCUUAGAAACCUCAGAAACUCUUCAUAGAGAGACAACCGUGUUGGCAACAUGUAGGAAAGAGCUUUGGAGAUGCUGGCUUCCAUCUUACUGAAUCGAUUAGAGUUUUCAAUGGCUGGAAAGUUUCUGCUGUUGUCUAUUUUAAAGUAAACUGCACCUUUGUAACAUAUUGAUGAAUGAUCACUAAGAUUAACUAUAUCUAUACAGUCAUUAGUUUGACAAGUAAUAGAAUCCUGUCAGAUGCCAAAGAGUUGGGAUUUUUACAUUUAAUGAUUAAACACCGUUAUUUAUUGAUGAUUUUCCCUCUGGAACUGUAUUAUUUCUAACUGAAAUAAAAGGGUGAUGUCAACAUCC